AUGGUUGCGCGGGUGCGUUGUCCCGGGGGGAAGGUGCGCCGGGAGAGGCGAGGCGGGACAGCAUUGGAGUGCAGGGCUAGCGUGAGUGGUGUGGUGCCCGUGCUCUCCCCUGCUCAGCAGCGCGUCGUAACCCUGUCUGUUCAACCCACCACGCGCUGCUUGCCAUCUCCCCUCCCCCCCGCCCUCGUAUACGUUUUUCCUGAUGGAGCACAGCAGCAGCAAGCGGCGGAGACGGCAUGGAAGAGCUUCGGUGGACCGCGGAGCAAAAAGCCUAAACCCGCCACCGCAACAGCGCCCCCCGCGCUCUGGCCGCUGUUGCCUGCAUGCCUGCGCGCCCCCUUCCUGACGCAGCUGGGUGUGCCGUUGCCCGUAAAAAUCAAGCGCAAUAAGCUGUCUCCCAAGCAAGCACUACCCACCAUGGCAUGCCUGCCUACUGUCCCACCCUUCCAUUCCACCCCUCACCGCUUUCCCCGUGUUCCCUAUCCUGCCCAUCCUCCGUUGAAGCAGAGGAUGAGUACGGAAGAGGACGUGCUGGCACGGCAGCUGAGCGAGGAGCAAGUAGAGCAGGUGAGCGUGAGAGCACACGUCAGGGGCACCUUGUCAGAACACGCUCCUGCCUUCCCCCUCACACUGCUCUGUUGUCCGCAUGUGCUCACUUGCCCUCUUCCCCAUUCCCAUGCCAUUGCCCACAGCGCUUCCCUCGCUCUUGUGCCCGUGCCGUCCACCCUCUCCCCUCUCCCCUCGCCCCUCGCCCCUCGCCCCCUCGCCCCUCGUUGCUGCGCCCAGCUGCACAGUCUCAGGGCCAGCCGCUACUUCCUUCUCCUUGACCAGACACUGGCGCACCGACCACCUCCUCCACCUCCCCUUCUGCCAUCGCUCUCACAGUCACGCGCCCAGCCACCAGCGCCCCCGCCCGUGUCACUCCCAGGAUCGCAACCCCAGGCAGCUACAGCAGCAGGCUCACAACAGCCAUCGGCAGCGUCACCCUCCUCCUCCGCGGCGGCAGAGAGCGAGUCGCCCAACUUCCGCUUCUCGCAGCCGCUCUCCCUCGUCCGCAUCUCCUCCCUCACUCCCUCCCUCGCUCCUUCCCCCUCCAUCGUCCCCUCCCUCGCUCCUUCCCCCACUUUCGCCCCCUCCCUCGCUCCGUCACCCUCCCUCGCCCCCUCCCUCGCUCCGUCACCCUCCCUCGCCCCCUCCCUCGCUCCUUCCCCCGCCCUCGCCCCCUCCCUCGCUCCGUCACCCUCCCUCGCCCCCUCCCUCGCUCCGUCACCCUCCCUCUUUCCUGCCUCUCCUCAUGCCCCCACCGCCCUGACUACAACCGCCGCUGCGCCUGCCACUCCCACGGUCACAGCGAAGCAGCUCUACUCCCACAUCAAGGCGUUCCUGGCGGGGCGAGCUGGGGGGAGUGACAGUGUGCAUGGCAGUGCGGACGGUGGUGGGGGAGGUACUAAUGGGGAGAGUGGAGGGGAGGAGGAGGCGCAGGCCAUGUGGCGUGUGGUGCGGGCAUGCGGGGUGGACUCACACACACCCCCACCUUCCAUCAUCCUGUGUCUGCUGCACACGGCCCAGCGAAGCCGUGUUCCGUGCUCACACCGACCGGCUCCCUUUUUUCUCCACCCGGCUCCUCCAUACAUGUGUCUGCAGCUUCAGGCACUGUUGCGCAUGGGCAUGUGGGCGGGGGUGUGCAGCACACGCAACGCCACCACGCCACUGCACGUGGCGGCGUAUGGCAGCCACGUGGAUUGCAUGCGCCUGCUGGUGGAGGACGGGGCUGACAUCCGCGCUCGCACUGCUGGCGGCUCGUCCUUUCUUUGCUCUCCUGCCUUCACCUUGACCCUCUCCAUCCUGCUGUCCUCCCGCAUUGCUUCCAAAGCUGCUUUCGUCCCCCGCCUAUAUCCGACCGCCUCCCGUCAUCCACCCUCCACUCUCCCAGGGACGCCGCUGCACAACGCAACGAGCCAGGAGCAGUGGGACGCAGUGAGAUGGCUGGCACGGCGGGGGAUAGAACCAGCAGAGGUGGAAGCAGCCGGGGCCAACCCCAAGGCGCACCUCAAGGCGCACCUCAUGGCAAGGGCGGUGCAGAUGGUGCGGGAGGAGCAUGAGAGGCGCGUGGGGUGUGGGGGGAUGGAGGAGCAUGGAUGGGGGGACGAGCCUUGUGUGAAUGCAUUUCUUGCGCUUCCUGACUUCCUUCUCCCACUGCUCAGUGGUUAG